AUGGAGAGUGCGAUGGCCGCCGUGCUGCGGUCGCCGGACCUUGUCAUCCACAUUGGUCGCUACCAGAACGGGACGCCAGCAGCGCUCCUCGUCGCCCUGCGCGCCUGGAACCGGUCGCGGCACAUGGACCAUGUGACCUUUCUGCGUCACUUGGCGCUGGACGAGCCCGGUCUGCCACUCUUGCGGCUCUUGUGGCGCCACGACCCGAGCGUCUUUACGCCACAGCUCAUGGAUGCGGCGGCCCGCAUCGGCGCGCUAGCCGCCGUCCGCUUCUUCCACGACCACGGCAUUGCGUGCACGGUGGAAGCAAUGGACCAGGCAGCGUGCUGGGGGCACAUGGAAGUCCUCCGCUUUCUCCACGAACACCGGCGCGAGGGCUGCACGACUGGCGCAAUGGACUGGGCGUGCGCGUGGGGUCGCCUCGAUGUGCUCGAGUUCCUCCAACACGAGCGAACCGAAGGCUGCACAACACGAGCGAUGGACUGGGCGGCUGGCAAGGGCCACUUGGCCGUCGUCCAGUACCUUCACGCCCAUCGGUCCGAAGGCUGCACGUACCGUGCGAUGAAUGCGGCGGCGGGCAAUGGCCACAUGGACGUCAUUCGUUUCCUGCACGAGCACCGCGCCGAGGGCUGCACCGGCGACGCCAUCGACCGCGCGGCGACCGCCGGUCAUGAGGACAUUGUACGCUUCCUCUGCGAACACCGAUCCGAAGGUUUCACUCGGUUCGCCAUCCCGCAGGCCGAAGCUUCGGGCUUCCAUUCCAUUGCCGACUACCUUCGCGCGCGGGCAUAAGAACUUAUGGUGUUGUCAUGUGUACGAGAGACAUGGGUAGAGAGACGAUCGACUUAUAAGAAUUGUUUACGCCG